AUCUCUUCGUCUUAUUCUCUGUGUCUAGAGUGAUGUGUAUCUCAAUACGCUAUUCUGUGCCUGAAGAAAAGAAAAGUGGAUUUCUGGUGGCUAAUGUGCUGAAGGAUUUGAAACUAGGAACAGGGGAGCUGUCUGCUCGCAGAGCCCAGCUAGUGUCCAAAAGCACAAAGCAAUAUUUCCACCUUGAUACCCACACUGGGAAUCUGCUGAUAAAUGAUAAAGUAGACAGGGAAGCUUUGUGUGGUGAGACUGAUCCUUGCUUGAUGCUCUCUGAAAUUGUGCUCCAAAACCCCUUAAAGAUCUACAGUAUAGAGAUAGAGAUAAAAGAUGUAAAUGACAAUACUCCCAAAUUCUCAAAAAAGGAAUUCAAGCUAUAUAUUCCAGAGAAUGUCCCUAUCAACACCCAAUUCCCUUUGGAAUCUGCACAAGAUACAGAUUUGGAUAAAAAUAACGUUCAAAACUACACUCUCAGUUCCAAUGAGCAUUUCUGGCUCCAAGUAAAAAGUGAUGAAAGUGGAAACAAAUAUUUGGACCUUAUUUUGGUGAAACCUCUAGACAGGGAAGAAGCAGCAGAGUUUGGGCUGACUCUCACAGCUGUGGAUGGAGGAGAGCCACAGAGAACAGGCACAGUUCAGAUAAAUAUCAAGGUUUUGGACAUCAAUGAUAAUUUCCCCCAGUUUACUCAUUCUGAAUAUAAAGUAAGGUUAAAGGAAAACAGCCUACGGGGCACUCUGGUCUCCAAAGUAGAAGCCAGAGAUUCAGAUUUUGGUUCUAAUGCACGAAUAACGUAUUCAUUUGACCGGGUACCUGAAAAAAUACACCGUUGCUUCCACUUAAAUAAUCUCACUGGGGAAAUAACUGUUUUGGGAAAAAUUGAUUAUGAAAAAGAAACCAGUUACAGCAUGAGCAUCAGAGCAACAGAUGGAGGGGAUCUUUCAGGUCACUGCAAGGUCCUGGUAGAGAUUGAAGACGUGAAUGACAAUGUCCCUGAAGUGUCCAUCAUAUCCAUCACUAGUCCUUUGGCAGAGGAUUCUCCCCUGGAGACACUUGUGGCUCUCUUCAGUGUCACAGACCGAGACUCCGGAGACAAUGGCAGAACUGUGUGCUCUGUGGAAGUAAACCUUCCCUUUGUCUUAAAACCCACAAUGGAUAACUAUUACCAACUUCUGGUCCAAAGCUACCUGGACAGAGAGAAAGUCUCAGAGUAUAAUGUCACCAUCACAGCCGUUGACCAGGGCUCCCCCAGGCUCACUUCAACAAGAGUGAUUAAUGUUCAGAUCUCAGACGUCAAUGACAACCCUCCAGUAUUUGAAAAGUCUUCAUGUGAAAUGCAGAUACGGGAAAACAAUAUUCCAGGACUGCUCAUUGGCUCAGUCCGUGCUGCUGAUCUGGACACGGAGAAGAAUGCCAAGGUAACCUACUCCCUUUUGCCUGGGAAGGUCACUGAUGGCCUUGUGGCCUCUUACAUCUCAGUCAACUCUGAAAGCGGAAAUCUGUAUGCCCUCCGAUCUCUGGAUUAUGAGCAGAUCAAAGAUUUCAAAGUGACGGUGAGGGCUACAGAUGGAGGGUCUCCUCCCCUCAGCUCAGAAGUUACUGUCCGAGUCGUAAUCCUAGACGAAAACGACAACGCUCCCUUCUUCCUCUACCCUCUUCAGAACAGCACAUCCCCCUGCAAUGAGCUGGUGCCCAAGUCGGUGGAGGCCGGCUACCUGGUCACCAAGGUGGUGGCUGUGGAUGGAGAUUCUGGCCAGAACUCGUGGCUUUCCUAUGAGCUGCUGAAGGCCACAGACCCUGGUCUUUUCAGCAUAGGAGCCCAGAAUGGGGAAGUGAGAACCAGGAGAGCCCUGAGCGAGCGAGACACCAGCAAGCAGAGACUCCUGAUAGUGGUCAGGGACAACGGGCUCCCUCCCCAGAGCAGCACUGCCAUGCUCCAUGUCCUUCCCGUGGGUGGCUUUUCGGAUCCUUAUAUGAAGGCUGUGGAGGUCAGUAAAGAGGAGCAUGAAGAAGACGGGAGCUUGACCUUGUAUUUGGUGAUCUGCCUGGCUGCAGUCUCCUUUGUGUUCCUCGUUUGCAUUGUUUCCUUUGCUGCCAUCAAGAUCUGCAGGAGGGAUCCCAGGGAAAGUUUUAUCGCUGCCCCUCCUCACUUCCCACCUGCCAGACCCGACAUCCCAGAGAACGGUGGUGAUUCUCAGAGCGGGUCUCUUUCCAGGAGUUACCACUACGAUGUGUGCUUAACCGGCCAGAGCAUCACUCUCUGAAGACGCUGCUCCCAGAUCCGGAGCCCCAGGUUGCACUGUUAAUCAGGCAACUGGGGCAAAUAUAAACUGUGGUCAAAAUGACUGGCUUACCUAUCAAUAGAUGAGGACGACCAACUCCAUCCAUCUUUCUUUCUCUGAAGACAAAUAACCAAAUGAUCAAGUCUCAUGCAAGAAACUUGACCCCUGGCCUGAAAAAAUAUGGGUCCUCUGCCUAAAGGAGAAAGAUACCAGGAAACUCUCUUGUGCAAGCAAAUAGAAAAGAACAGAAAUGCUCUUGUGCUGUUCUCAUUCAUUUCGAUGGAGCUUAUGUAGGAGAAUGUGUAGCUGGAUUGUCCACAUACAUUGACCUAGUAGACAAUUAUAUUUAUGCUUUGUAGGAUUUUACAGUAGCCCACUGCUCUUUUGAUCUAGCUGGUUAAAGAAAUGUAGGUGACUUUAUUGCAUGCUCAUUGUUGUAAUUAUUCCUUAGUUUACUUUUAUGCUAGCUUUGCUGCUUUCCUUCAAAUAUUUUCAAUGGUUAUAGCAAUUUCUCAGAAAUUCUGUUUUCUGGUUGUAAUGCAGCUGUUAGUCGUAUCCAGUAGCUUCAUUUGAAGACCUAACGAGACAAAUGAAUGAGUAUAAUCAGUAAGGGGGAGAAGUCUGGACAUAGUCCACUGGGACAUUGAAAGGAAUGGGAGCUUUGGAAGAGAAUAUUUCUCCCAUUUAUUUCAGCAAAGCUUGCACAUAGGACUUCCAUUUCUCAGUGAAUUUACACUUUAUUUUCUAGUCAUAGUUACACUGUGUGUGCACUUUCCUGUCUAAAUGCUCAAUUCUAUCGUUUCCUGUAGCUAUAUUUGUGUUAACAACUUCUCUUUCAUUGGCCUAGUUUGCACAUAACACUGAACUAAAUCUAGA